UCCUGCGUAGGGAAAGUAUCGUUCAUUGUCGAAAUAUCUCGAUGAAAAGGACAGAGCACCACCACAUUUCACUAAAAUCUCACUAGAACUCUCAACGCGACUCAACACUAACCUCGCUAUCAUGUUUGCGCGGUUACACAUUCAAUAUGGCGCCGGGAACUGUAAAAAGGACUAAAGCGAACUUCAGUAGAAAAAUACAGGUUUCCCUAUGCGUUUUGAAAGAUGGCUGAUAAGCUUUCCGGUAGUGUAAGUGCGAUUCAAGUUUAUAAAGCUGCUCGUGACGGAUCUUCUGAACUGAAAGAUCUCUUAAAGCGGCUGAACACAAAAGAAAGAAAAACUGUUUUGGAGACAAAGUUCCAAGAUGGCGGCAACGAGACUACUCCACUCAUUAUCGCCGCUCGUAAUGGACACUUGGAUUCUGUGAAGAUUCUUCUGGGAUACAAGGUAGACAUUGAAGCUCGAGGAAUUUUGAAAGUGAAAGGCGUAGCUCAUGCAGGUUGUACACCAGUAUGGGCUGCUACGGCUGCUUGCCAUGAAGUGUUGAUUAAACGAACUACAGAUGUCGACGGCAGGGAUGCUGCCCACGAAGGUUACAUUGACAUGGUGAAAUUUUUGGUUACAAACGGGGCCGAUAUAAAUGCGCGUAACGACCAAGAAGCUACCCCACUUAUGAUGGCUUGCUGCCAUGGUCAAAUGAAUGUAGUUACCUACCUCAUCGAUAGCGGCGCCAUUUUGGACCUGCAGGACGCAGAUGGCUGGACUGCUCUUCAUUUUGCUGUUUAUUGGGAAAAUUUUACCUGUGUGCGUGACCUUCUAGCGUCUGGUGCAUCACAACUGAGAAAUAAUGAAGGUUUAACACCACUUCUUUUGGCCAGUAAUGAAUGUAAAAUUGAAAUGGUGGAGUAUUUCACCACCAGACCAGAAUGUAAAACGGAACAAAAAAUUGAUGCUUUUGAACUACUAGGUGCAACUUUAGCCGAUGUGAAUGACCUCGAUUCUUGCAACAUUGAAAGAGCAUUUACAUACAUGAAACGUGGAAUGGCGGAGAGGUAUAAAGAUCCAGCACAUCCUUCGUGUAAAAAGGAGAUGGAACCCGUGGAGGCUUUUCAAAAUAGAACAGAAAGUCAAAGUCUUGCGGAACUCGCUUUGUUAGAAGGUGAUGAUCAUGCAAUCCACUUGGAGGGACUUAGGAUCAGAGAGAGAAUCCUUGAAACUGACGAAAGAAAACUGUGGUGUGGAAUGCCAAGGUUGUUGUCAGAUGAAGCUACAGAAACCAAGCUUCUAAACGUCAAAAAUCAAACGCAAGUGGAUCGUUGUGGGACUGAAAAGGCCCAAAGGUCUUUGCCCAAGGGAAGACAACUGGAUGUAAAUACCAAAGAUGAUGAACGAAUGGGAUUUGGACGAGGUAGAGGAUUUGUACCUGGAGUGGAUGUCACACCAAAGAAAGACUUUAAUGUGAAUUAUCAGAAAAAGACUUUUGCAAGGAAAGCAGCUGGAAUGCAAGAACAGUUUCGAGAAAAGCGAAAUCUAACGGCUGCAAUCGUUCAAGAGCGAGAAAGAGGAGAAUGCGUACCCGAUGUAGAAAUACAGUUGAGAACGGCAGUACAAGAAUCGAAAGAGAGAAAAAAAGAAGAACAAAGUUUGCACAGAGAUUCGGCCUUCCAUCUCGCAGUAAAACUGCAAGAGAAUGAACCAGAAAAGACAACUGUUGAGGAGGAAGUAAUAAAGAGAAAUAGACAACCGUGGAAGACAUCACAGCGGUUGACAAAUUUUCAGGGGAAACUACAGGAUGAAGCUCAACAACUGAAUGAAAUGACAAGGGAGUCGACUAACGUUCAAGGGCAGCGACUAGAGAAAGGAAAUGGUCAACUGAAGCAGAAGACACAGCUGUUGCCAAAUGUUGAGGAACAACUACAAGAGAGAGAUGGAGAACUGAGAGAGAAAAUACAGCAGUUGACUAACGUACAAGGGCAACUACAAGAAAAAGAUGAACUACUAAGGGAGAAGAUACAGCGAUUGACAAAUGUCGAAGGACAGCUAAGCGAGAGAGAUGGACAACUGAGAGAGAAGACAAGGCAGUUGAAUAAUGUUCAGGAGCAACUGCAAGAGAGAGAUGGACAGCUGGAGGAGAAGACACAGCGAUUGACAGAUGUUGAGGGGCAACUACAAGAGAGAGAUGGACAACUGAGGGAGAGGACACAGCAGUUAACAGAUGUCCAAGGCCAACUACAAGACAGAGAGAAACAACUGAGGAUGAAAACGCAGAAGUUGACAAGUGUUGAAUGGCAGCUAAGACAGAGAGAUGGACAACUGAGAGAGAAGACACGGCAGUUGACAUUUGUGGAAGGGCAACUACGAGAGAGAGAUGUACAAUUGAGGGAGAGGACACAGCAGUUAACAGAUGUUCGAGAGCAACUACAAGAGAAAGAUGGACAAAUGAGGGAGAAAAGCCAGCAGUUGAAAAAUGUUAGAUGGGAGUUAAGACAGAGAGAUGGUCAACUCACAGAGAAGACACAGCAAUUGAGAGACGUUGAAGAGCAGCUACGAGAGAGAGAUGGACAACUGAGCGAGAAGACACAGCAGUUGACAGAUUAUGAAGAGGAACUACAAGAUCGAGAAGGGCAGCUGCUCGAUAGGACCCAGCAACUGAGGAAUGUUCAAGGGGAAAUGCAACAAAAAGAUGAACGGAUUGCUAAUUUACAAGAUCAAGUUACUGCCUUGCUGGAUCAGAUGACAGAGAAAGAGCUGGAAUUGAAUGAACUUGAAACAACUCUCGCAGAAGCUCAGCAAGCAUUAAAUGAACGUUCACGUCAACAGUCACCUGAUUGGGCCAUCACACGUAAUCAAAUUCAACUGACAGACCAUGUGCUUGGGAGGGGAGGCUGGGGAAUUGUUUUUGAGGGUAGAUACUGUGGAUGUGCUGUCGCCGUCAAACAGAUUUACGAUUUGAUUAUUUCUGAUCACAACCGCAGAUUGUUUGAGCGAGAGAUGAGCAUGGCCGCCCGGUGUCGCCAUCCUUGUUUGCUACAGUUCAUUGGAGCAACAUGCGAUGAAGGAAGCCCUUUGCUCGUAACAGAGCUCCUGGAAUCGAGUUUACGAGCACUGCUAGAGCAGCAACCUCUUUCCAGUAUUGAAGUGUUUGUUAUCUCUCUGCAUGUGGCUCGAGCAUUGAACUACCUUCACCUUAAGAAACCAUCUCCUAUCAUCCACCGCAAUGUUAGCAGUGCCAAUGUGUUGCUAUGGCGACAAGCAGAUCAGUGGCGAGGCAAAGUGUCAGAUUAUGGCACAGCUAAUGUUAUGCAGCAUACCAUGACAGUUUGUCCAGGCUCUAGGAUAUACAGAGCUCCAGAGGUAUUUACUGGGAAUCAGACUGAGAAGGUUGACGUGUACAGUUUUGGUGUUCUUCUGUGUGAGAUUUGCAUUCGGGAACUGCCAGACCCUGAACGGCGUAAAGAACAAGUUGCCAUGGUUACAAACCGCGUGAUUCGAGCUCUCAUUAGGGGAUGUUUACAACCAAAUCCUGCAGCGAGACCCUGCAUGGAAGACAUCAUACGUGAGCUAGAAAAAGGACUUGAAAAACUAAAGGAAAGAACAAGUUGCCAUGGUUGCAAACCGCGUGAUUCGAGCUCUCAUUAGGGGAUGUUUACAACCAAAUCCUGCAGCGAGACCCAACAUGGAAGACAUCAUACGUGAGCUGGAAAAAGGACUAGAAAAACUUUUGAAUAUAAUUGUAUGAACGCUUAAUGUUGAUGAAUUUGACAUUCCAAAGGUAACAAUAUCAUUAUGGAAACAACUGAUAAGAAUUUAAAUUUUUCAAAGCUACAAAAAACGCCUUUUUAGAAAAUAAAACGGUUGGCAAGUUCACAACCUUAUCAAUUUUCAACGAAAACAUUCAGUUAAAGUAUACCACCCUGAAGGAAAAACUUUACUUUGAGUUUAACCUCAAUCGUUUAUACCCAUAUAACUUACCGUAUGAAGGAAUUACUUGACAAAAAAACUGUGAAUGAAUAGUGACGUGAUACCUCCGUGAAACUGUUUCAAACUUGUUUCACAGAAAUGGUCCGUGAUCGGUGUUGAGCGCAGCCAUUAUGUCAAAACGGUUUUUCUUUCGCUAGCCAACCAAACGAUAUCGCAAGAUAUUUGGGCUCGUUUCGUUUGUCAAGUUGUAUGUACUCUUCAUAGUUCAGUUGAUGCACCGAUUGCGCAUAAUCCAUCACACUUUGUUUCAGUGCGAUCAGUCUAAAAGUUUUUGUGUACUCACAUUUUGAUCUAGAGUAAGUGUUCAAAAAUUAAAGAAAAUACCGUUAAACAAAUAUAGUUAUUUUUGCUUUGCGAAGAGCUCUUUCUUUUUCAAUUUAGACAGUCAUGUAAUGCAAAACGUAAUGUUUGUCAUUCAAAGAUUCUGAAAAAAAUGGUUAGAAACAAAUACUUGCUUUUGGAAGAUUAGAUCACUAUUUUUUGAUUACCGCGUAUUUCGUUUCCGCAAUUUGUAGUUUUUCACUUGAUCAGACGUCUUAUCAGCCUUGAUUAGGCAAGUGUUCAUUUUUUUCAAUCGAUCAAAGAAGAUAGCUGUAAUUUAGCCGAAAUAUUGUAUAAUCAUUCAAAGUAAUAAAAGAAAACUUCUGAUUUGACAGUUUUA